UUCAAGUCUCCUAUAACUUCAAUAUUCCAAUUUCACAAACUUCUAUAACCAUUUUCACACCUUAAAACAUCUCAACUUUAUAUAUAGUUUUUUUUGUGCUAUGAAGAGAGAAAGAGAGGUUGAUAGUAUAACCAUGGCAAAUUGUUUGAUGUUACUUUCUAGAGGAAGUGAUCAAUUUGAAGCUACUUAUUCAUCUACCAUCACUUCAAAUGAUCGUGUGUUUGAAUGCAAAACAUGUAAUAGACAAUUCUCUUCAUUUCAAGCACUUGGUGGCCAUAGAGCAAGUCAUAAGAAACCAAGGUUGAUGGGAGAGAAUAUUGAUGGUCAAUUGCUACAUACACCCCCUAAACCUAAAUCUCAUGAGUGUUCUAUUUGUGGAUUGGAGUUUGCAAUAGGACAAGCUUUAGGGGGUCAUAUGAGGAGACAUAGAGCUUCAAAUAUGAAUAAUUCUAAUAAUACUAUGAGUUCUAGUAGUGGUGGUGGGGGUGGGAAUAGUAGUUUUGAUUCUUCACAAAAGAAGAAAGGUAGAAAGAGAGUUUUGCUUUUGGAUUUGGAUUUGAAUUUGACUCCUUUUGAGAAUGAUUUGGAGUUUUUGAAGAUUGGAAAGACAACUGCAAAUUUGAUUGAUUAUUUGCAUUGAAUACUUUAAUUGAUUUGAGAGUUAGAUAGUGUAUCAUAGAUAUGUUAUACAAUUUUAAUUUGUAGUUUAUGUAUACUUUUUUAUUUAUUUAUGAAGUGUAGUUUAUAUACCUAUGUAUACUUUUUGGUUAUGCUUUAUGAAAUAUUGUUCAUUAA